AUGGAUACUGGACCAGACUCCCCCAGGUCUUCUCCUCACCCCGAAGGGGAGAUCACAUGCCUCGAACCUCUCUUGAGGCCACGACGUGAGUUCCUUGAUCUUCCUGGGGAGAUCCGAAAUCUCAUUUACGGCUCCUUCUUCGCCUCCACCAGAUUGUCCUUUGCAAGGCGAUAUCUUCACAAAGGCAAAUGGAGACGGAUCAAGUCAGCACAAUUUUUCUUCGCAAUCAUCCUUACCUGCCGCCAGGUAUACGAAGAGACUAAAAGACUAUGGAUGAGCCAGGUCACUUUCAGUUUUGAGCAGCCUGAUAGCAUGUUGGAGAAACUCUAUUUCCUACCCUCGUCAGUGCUAUCCCAAAUCCGCCACUUGCGUAUCCAUUAUGCCUACCUGGAUCUCGAUACGACAUCCGAAGCUCACAAACUGCUGAACAAUCGGUAUCCUAAAUGGCUGGAACAGUUUGAGCUUCCUGCAUCACUUAUGUUGCUCUCGGGUUUACGUCUGGAAACAAUUGCUGUACUAGGGUGGGAGUUCGAAUUUGACAAGAAUAUAGAGAAUAUCCACGGUUUCUUCAUCGAUGAUAGCUAUUGGAAGGAGCUUCGCUUUAUCACCCCCUGGACAAAUUCCUUGAGUCCAUUUGAAGUUUGCAGCGACGUCCCCGACCGAAGCCUCCAAAGCGAGUUCGCGCUCUCCGAAUUCAGUUUCCGAAUCAGCGAAUGGACUGAGAAUUUGCAAAAACGCGACACGAAAGUAGAGAUCUAUCUCCCUUCAGCAGUGGAUCUCUAA